AACAUCAUAUAACUGUUGGGCCAACUGAAUCGCAUCUGUGUAGUAAAACGUGUUUGACCACAUAUGUUGUCUGGAAAGCGAAACCUUUCCAAAGUGCAGAAAAAUGCCAGUUGUUGUUAUCCUAACAUUCCCAGUCAGCAAAUCCAAUUACCCAGGGUGCUUUGCAACCUACUAAACGCUUGAAGUGUGGUCAGCAAUAUGCUUGCGUUGUGACCCUAGCAGCCUGGCAGUGAAAACUGUCAAAGCCGCUAAAUGGUAUUCUCGUGUCCCAGAAAACCCUCUUACCAAAGACGUGGGCUGGAAGCUGAGGGAGGCCCUGAACCAGCAGCUGGCCAUCAUCCAUGAGCGAAUGGAGGCCAAAAAGAUUGCCAAGAUGGCUCUGGCCGAGGUGAGGAACAUCCUGGCCAGGGAGAAGGAGAAGGUCCUAGGGGUGACGAGGGACGAGGUGGCAAAGAAGGCUAAGGUGGCAACGGCAGCUAGGAUGGAGAACAAGCCAGAGAAGGGGGAGUUUAAGAAGGCCAUGGGCAAGAUUAGGAGAGACAAAGAGCAGAAAAAGAAGGAAGGUGAAAAUAAGAAAGAGGAGAAGGAGGGAGAAAAUAAGAAAGAGGAGCAGGGCAAGAAAGCUAAGAAGAAUGCGACAAAGCCAGACAAGAAGUCAGGGAAAGAGGUGAAUGGUAAGAGGGUGGAGGUCCCCAAAGACGCCAAAAAUAGAGAAUCCCCCAAAGCUGCUGUUAAAAAGCUCAAGAUGUCUGAUAAGGGGGUCCGGAAAUGAUGCUAAACUCUUCACACCUGCACUGAUGUCGGUGAUCUUUCACUCCCUCUGGUGACAGAGAUGUUAAAAGAUUCAGGAGAAACACCACCUGUGAGCGGUCUCCAGUGACAGACCCCUGCGAAUGGGAGUCCUACUGUGCAGGACAGCCAUUUCCGCAAUGUAUAGUGCAUAGUGUUUUAGCCACUUCCUGCUUGUGGAAAAAAUCAUAAUGCUGUCCUCUAGAAGUAUGAACUGGACAGGGAAAGGUGCCAAGAGGACGGCAAGGUGCUGUAAGCUUAGUUUCAGAUGUGGUUUAGUUUUGUGUUCAUUUACAUCAGAAAAUAUAGCUUUAUUUAAAGUCGCUAGACAAGAUAUUUGUAGACUUAGACAAGGACAUAAUGAUUUAUUUUGCAUUUGGUGGAGAUGGAACUCAGAAGUGGAUUUGAAAGGAUCCGCUAUGUGCUUGUUCUUUGUUAAUAAAGUUGCUGGAUUCUUGAAGGUUUCCUGUU